GUCCAGCUCACAGCCACUCCUGCCCCGACGUCCAGACCACCUAGACCAGGAAGAUGGCUAGUAGACCCGACUUCUUCCUCGGCUGUUUGGUGGUGGGGUGCUACCUGGUGGCGGCUGUGCAAGGAGGGACCCUCACGUGCCGCCAGGAGGGCAGGUUCCCACACCCGGAGGACUGCGGCAGCUACGUGGACUGUAUCCGGACCGCCGAUGGGAAGUUUCGAGUGCGGGAAGGAUUCUGCCACGGGUUCGCCUUUUCCGGGAAAGAGCGGAGGUGUGUUGACCUCGCCGACAAGCCUGACUGUGUACCUAAGGCGACCAGGGUCUCAUUUCCUCUCUCUGCAUUCAACUUCCUGUGUGCAGAAGACGAAAUGAGGACAGACUGCCUCAAUUGUAACUUGGCCUUCACCUGCGUCACGGGCACCGCAGUAGUGGACAUAUGUGACAGCGAUAGCUUGUGUGAAGUAUCAGGUGACUUCGGGGGCUCCGUCUGCCUGCCCAUCCCGUCAACCACCACAAAGUGUAAGUGUGACAAAACGGGACUGUUCCAGGACCCCCACAACGCGACGUACUUCAGUUACUGUGACAUAAACACGCAACCAUACUCGUUGGAGACCUUCAUGUGCCCGGAGGGGUUAACUUUCAAUAGCUUGACCCAGAAGUGCGAGGACUCCAUUCCACCCACUCCACCAGAGACACCUCUUUGCGAGGACAGGACCGGCUCCUUCGUGAACCCGAAUGACUGCCGCUAUUACUACACCUGCAUACCCGGCGGCAUCGUGCGUACCAGCAACUGCUCUGAGGGUCAGUACUACGAUGCGGUGAAUGGCAAGUGCGAGAAAAAAUGCACGUUAGCUCCACCCAACGCCUCGCUUGAGCCAUGUAAGGCCUUGGGCCAUUUACCCCACCCAAGCAAGGACUGCACCAAGCACCUCGUGUGCAAGAAGAUAGGUGAAGACCCCGAGGUAAAAGACUGCCCCCAGGACAUCUACUAUAACGAGACGGCCAGAGCGUGCAAGGACACGAAGCCCUCAGCAGACUGCAAGGCCAACGGUGGAUUCGACUACUAUUCGUGUCCCGGCCACGACGAUGUCGCCUGUGGGGGGAAUGUCAAAGUGAAACGCCGCAGCGACACUGCGGACGGCGGCAACGACCCAGGGGACGGCGGCAGUGACCCAUUGGACGGCGGCAGUGACCCAGGGGACGGCGGCAGUAACCCAGGGGACGGCUUCAGCGACCCAGGGGACGGCAGCAGUAACCCAGGGGACGGCUUCAGCGACCCAGGGGACGGCGGCAGUAACCCAGGGGACGGCUUCAGCGACCCAGGGGACGGCGGCAGUAACCCAGGGGACGGCUUCAGCGACCCAGGGGACGGCGGCAGUAACCCAGGGGACGGCUUCAGCGAUCCAGGGGACGGCAGCAGUAACUCAGGGGACGGCUUCAGCGACCCAGGGGACGGCGGCAGCUGAACUAGUUAAAGCUGGUCCUCUGCGCCACUGUUUAAAGUCUUGUUGGCACAGCAGGUGUAUGAAAGAAGUAUAAUAAAAUAAUAUCGUUUGA